AUGGAGAAUAUGUUAGUGAUACUCAACAACACUGUGAAACAACAAUCUAAAUCCUUACUACUGCAAGCUACAACCAUAAAACAACAAGCUACAGCUAUACAGCAGCACGGUACAACCAUACAGCAGCAAGGUACAACCAUACAACAGCAAGGUACUACCAUUCAGCAGCAAGGUACAACCAUUCAGCAGCAAGGUACAACCAUUCAUCAACAAGCUACAGAUAUACAGCAGCAAGGCACAACUAUACAGCUACAACAAACAGAGAUCAGACAACUCCAAUCUACUCAAGGAACUGGUUCAACGUACAUUAUCUGGGGACGGAAGCAAUGUCCGAAUAAUACAGACACGGAACAAGUCUAUUCAGGAUAUGUGGGGGGAGGAAUGUACGACCAACCAGGUUCUGCAGCAGAGUAUGUCUGUCUCCCACCAGACCCAGACUUUGGAAGGACAAGUGGUUAUGAUAACGGUCGUAUGUAUGGUGCGGAAUACGAAACGAACUUUUUCGGUACCGCCGAUGAAGAUGUUCCAUGUGCUGUCUGCAGAAAGACAAGUUCAACUUCAAUCUUAAUGAUUCCUGGUAAGAACAAAUGUUAUUACGGAUGGGAUAUGGAAUACCAUGGAUAUCUAGGUUCGGGGGAAUAUGAUCAUGCAGCCGCGUCAUCGUAUGUUUGUGUUGACAGCCGUCCUGAAUAUCUGAAUGGUGGUGUUCAAAAUGAAAAUGGCAAACUAUUUUAUUCUGUGUUAGCAAAGUGUGGAGCGUUGCAAUGUCCUCCUUAUAUGAACAAUUAUCCUCUUACGUGUGUUGUAUGUUCAAAAUAA